CAUUUCACAAAGUCUCGUCAUCAGUCAGUUGCAAGGCAACUUGCGUGCUGUUUAGAACUCUUCUUAUCCGCCAUGAGCUAUUAUUACUCAUCUGAGGACGAUUUGGGCAAUACGAGCCCAGAGUUUCAAUUGCAGAAUUAUCAUCCAUAUAUCUCAAACGAUUGGCAAUUUCUGCAAGUGGAUGCUAAGGACCAGCAGCAGCAGGAACAACAGGACCACCUUCAUCUCGAUCAUCAUCAUCAGCAGGAACAUCAGCAAGAGAAAAAGAUUAUAAGAUCGGCUCUAAGCGAUCAAACCACUCUUAGUCCCACCGUACAGAAGCGAAGACGUCAGGCAGCCAAUGCCCGGGAAAGGAAACGUAUGAAUGGCCUUAACGAAGCUUUCGAUCGCCUCAGAGAAGUUGUGCCCGCCCCCUCGAUUGACCAGAAAUUAUCCAAAUACGAGACAUUGCAAAUGGCUCAAUCCUAUAUAUUGGCCCUCUGCGAUCUCCUUAAUAAUGGCGAAGAUGUGGACGAUGCGGCUUCUUAUACGAUUUUUGGCGGUAGCGAAAGCAGCUACGAAAUGAACGGAGGGCAGUAG